AUGCUCAUGCAGCUGGAACAGAAGGGUAGGGAAAACAUAGCUGAAGAGGAGUCAAAGGAAACCCAGCGUUUGCUGGCUGAACCAGUUCCCGGCAUUAAAGCAGAACCAGAUGAAAGCAACGCCCGUUAUUUUCAUGUGGUCAUUGCUGGCCCCCAGGAUUCCCCCUUUGAGGGAGGGACUUUUAAACUUGAACUAUUCCUUCCAGAAGAAUACCCAAUGGCAGCUCCUAAAGUACGUUUCAUGACCAAAAUUUAUCACCCUAAUGUAGACAAGUUGGGAAGAAUAUGUUUAGAUAUUUUGAAAGAUAAGUGGUCCCCAGCACUGCAGAUUCGCACAGUUCUGCUAUCAAUCCAGGCUUUGUUAAGUGCUCCCAAUCCAGAUGAUCCAUUAGCAAAUGAUGUAGCGGAGCAGUGGAAGACCAAUGCAUGUUUGUUUUUGUCUACAGCUAGAGCAUGGACUAGGCUAUAUGCCAUGAAUAAUAUUUAA